AUGCCCCCGAAAGAUCCCCAUUUAACCAUUCUGAUUUGUUCUCAGUAUGAUAUUGCCAUUCGUAUCCCUGGUUCAAGGUGGUACGCAGAGCUUGAAUUUCUAUACGACAACGGGGCAUCCAUGAUGUCAGUAUAUGAGGGUGAUCUUCGACGUAUCAUGGGAGAAUCGCAGGUUGAAUCCACGGUCAUGGGGCUAAACACAACAACUAUAGCCGAUAAUAGCAGAAUGACUAGCCCAGUGGUUGAAGUCGAAGUUACCAUACUAGAUAAUGAUAGAAAGCGGCUGACGAGAUGGGUCAGAAUCCAAUGUGAGGUAUAUCGAGGUUGGUGUGGCGAAAAUGAUAACAGAUUGGAUGGCCCAUGGCUACGGCAACUGCUAUACACAGCGUCAGCCCCGCGCAACAAUGACAUGCUGUAUAUUGCGUAUAAUAACCCUGACAUUAUCAACGCUAUACCUGACACAGGCAGUUUUCGAAGCGGUCCGGCUCUGGAUGUCCCAAGAGUGCCCCUGGACCCAGGCGGGCGGGCUGUGUGA